AUGCUCAGUGACCAUUCAGAUUCAGGAUCAGCGGUAGCUUCAUCUUCCCGGAGGCCGCAGACACCCCUGUCAGAAGAAGGGGAUGACGAAUUUUUCGGUCUCAACGAUCUUUUACCUGAACCUGAAUCGCCUUUACCUGCUCCAUAUUCCUUUUCGACUUACGAGGUACCUGAGGAAGUUGUUAUACAGUUAAAUGAAGAGCAGAAAAGUGGCAGACAGCUUAUAUUGAGGCUAGUGGGUAGUCAUCCAUUAUGGGGUCAUCAUUUAUGGAACACAGCUCGGGUCUUCUCAACUUAUCUUCUGCGCAAUCCUGAUUUGACGAAAAAACGAAAGGUUCUCGAACUAGGAGCUGGAGCAGCCCUUCCCUCGAUAGUCUGCACCCUAGCAGGGGCGAAAAAGGUGGUCAUUACAGAUUACCCUGAUACGGAUCUGGUGGAAAACAUGAGGUUUAACGUGGACAUCAAUGUCUCUGGGGAUCUUAGGGGGAAUGUUGAUGUAGUCGGCCACCUGUGGGGGCGGGACGUAAAGCAUUUGAUGGCUCGAACGGACGGUGAAGGUUACGACGUGCUCAUACUCAGUGACUUGGUAUUCAAUCACUCCCAACACGAUGCGUUGAUCAACACGGUCAAUUCAACUUUAUCGUCAUCACAAGAUGCAUGCGCACUCGUCUUCUUUACAUCACAUCGCCCGCACCUGGUAGAUGCAGACAAUGCCUUCUUCCCUCGUUUAGCAGCUUCGGGAGGCGGCAAAGGAUGGGUGUAUCAGAGAGUCGCGGAAGAAUGGGCAGGGGCGAUGUUUGAAGAUGAUCCAGGAGAUGAGGUGGUGAGAGGCACUGUGCAUGGCUGGAAAGCUUGGAGAGCUAAGGAAGGCGAAGAAGCAGGUGAGAAGAUAUAG